UGCUUGGGAAGUCCUUGGUGUUCCCAAAGAAGUUCAGAGAGGACUCAGUGAACAAAGUUUUACUACACCAACCCCUAUACAGACUCUCUCCCUUCCACCUGCAAUAUUCCACCACAGGGACAUCAUCGGUGCAGCAGAAACAGGUUCAGGUAAAACACUAGCCUUUGAGAUUCCAAUUCUCACCCACAUCCUUGGCCACAAGUCCAGUCAAGAAGCAAGCAAAACCACAAAAAAUACUACCAAAAAUAAUGCUACAGAAGCCACAGGAACUGGUAAUGGAACAUCCAAGCUCAAGAAACCACUCCUGGGGUUGAUAAUGACACCAACCAGAGAAUUUGCUCUACAACUAAAAAAUCAUCUUAAACAGGCUGCAAAACACUCAUCUUUAAAGAACCCGCAAAACAGGCCAUAUGGCAAGGGGAAAAAUUUGCACAAUCACUUCACGCAAUAUAUCAAGCUGGGUUUGUCCAGUUGAUUUUGAUGGUCGCAGGGAAAUGUCGAGUUUGUCGCUCAAAACCAUUGUGGUCCAUAAGAGCGUAACAUCAUUAGUUAUGGAAACAAAUCUGCGGAAAGGAGGGUUAGUUCAUCGGGUUCCGUAUACUAAAUCUCGGGAGAAACUGCAAGAAUUAUUUCAGAGUGUAUGCGUGUUGUUUUGUAAAUAUAAACACUGUAACCUA